CUGGUGAAAUCGACGAUGGACGGGGCGCGGUGCAGCGUGAAGAUUUCGGGUGCUAUGUCCGACCCGAUCGAAUCGCGCAAGGGACUUCGACAAGGCGACGGUAUCUCCGGCCUCUGUUUCAACAUUGGGCUUGAAGGUGUCAUGAGGCGAGCGGGCUUCAACAUGCGGGGCACGAUUAUCAACCGGUCCAGCCAGUUCAUCUGCUAUGCCGACGACAUGGACAUUGUCGGCAGAACGUUCGAGGAUGUGGCCAGGCGGUACACCGAAUUGAAGCGGGAAGCGGAUAAGGUUGGAUUGAAGGUGAAUGUUGCGAAGACGAAGUAUCUGCUGGCAGGAGGAACCGAGUCCCUUAGGACUCGCAUAGGACCGAGCGUGACGAUCGACGGCGACGAGUUCGAGGUUGUGGAGGAGUUUGUGUACCUCGGAUCGUUGGUUACGUCGGACAACAACUGCAGCAGAGAAAUUCGGAGGCGCAUCAUCACCGGUAGUCGUGCCUACUACGGACUCCACAAGACCUUACGGUCUGGUCACCUUUCCCGGCGUACAAAGUAUACCAUGUACGAAACGCUGAUAAGACCCGUCGUCCUCUACGGGCACGAGACGUGGACGAUGCUCGAGGAGGACCUGCAAGCGCUUGAAGUUUUCGAGCGACGAGUGCUUCCUGUAAAAAUAAUGACAGUUCUCAAUCUGAGCCAUCAACCAACGAAAUCGGGUGCCUCCAAAAACGGCCGAUUAAUUAACCGACUAAGUUUGGAUGCGUUUUGUUUACAAAAUGGACUUAGUGAAAAAAUUUGCAAUUUUCGUCGGCAACGGAAACAAAUGAAUUACGCAGUGAAAUUGAUAACAUGUUGUAGAAAUCCAUCGAAAGAUGCCGUAGCUAAAUCCGGAAGAAACUGUCAGGAGUUUUAAGGUAUGUAACAAUCG